AUGGAAACAGAGGCGACCCUCAGAGAAAUUUACUCAGUCAGUGAAAGGGAUAUCAUGCAAAGCCAGGCUGUCUACCAAGACUACCUUCACCUUAAGAAUUUGGACCGUGGCCAAUUGAACCCCGCUGCCCAUCACGACACCCAGGACGGCAGGUACGCAACCUUCACCCUCACCAACACAGUGCCCAUGAACACUGAACUCAACAACGGUGCCUGGCACCGCUAUGAGACAGAAAUUAUCCCCAAGAAAAGCAAGGACUGUCAAACCACCUAUGCCAUUGUGGGUGCUGUGCCUGGGAACUCCUCCAUUGCCAGUGGGAGGGUUAAUGUACCCAGCCACAUCUGGGCCAGUGCCUGCUGCAAGACCAACAACAACACCAUGAUUGCUUGGGGGGUCAUUGCCCAGAACGACCAGAACCAGAUCCAGGAACUCACUCUGGGGGAACUGGAGGACACGUUGACCCAGCGGUAUAAGAGGGGACCGGUUUCUCUGUUCCAUGAGGACUGCCCCCGUAAAUAA